UCCUUGUGUAUUUGGCUUUGUGGUGCUGCAGGGCAUCACUGGCUGUCUGGCCUGGUGGCACAGCUGUCAAGCUGUGGAUUGGUCAUGCUGAUUAAGUGCUUCCUGUUUAUUUUCCUGUGGGUGCAUUUGACCAACUGGACAUAGUUAUAGAGAUGGCUGGUUUUCCCUGGAUUAGUAAAACCACAGUUUCCCAGUUGAUGCAUACUUUAGCAAGGCAACCAUUCUCAGUUUAACCUCCAGAAUGACUCGAUUGUCGAUGGAAAACUCAAGCAGUAGUGCAUUUGGUGUAAACCGAUGCAGAGCAAUGUCAGACAGACUGUGUUAAUGCGCAUGUGCAAAUGAAAAGGGGAGUUUCAGGACUGGAAAGUAACUGAAGGCCAAAAUUCCGGGGGUGAAGAAGGAUCGAGUGGUCUGGACCUCCAUCGAUUUAGGAGAGCAGUCCCCUGUCACACCAGCAACCAUGAGUAACAAGGACACUUAUAACAUGUUCGAGAUGGAUGGACAGGACAAGAAGAAGAAGAAAAAGGCGAAGAAGACCGAAAAACUGGAGGGCAUGAAGAAAGAAAUGGACAUAGACGACCAUGAAAUUACAAUUGAAGAACUGGAAUUGAGAUACACCACCAAUGUUACCAAGGGUUUGACCACCACCUUUGCCCGUCAGGUCUUUGAGAGAGACGGUCCUAAUGAACUGAAGCCUCCUAAAGGAACUCCAGAGUAUGUGAAGUUUGCCAGGCAGUUGGCUGGAGGACUGCAGUGUCUGAUGUGGGUCGCAGCUUGCAUCUGCUUCAUCGCCUUUGGAAUUGAACUCUCAAGAGGGAACCUCACCAGCUUUGAUGAUCUGUACUUGGCCAUCACCCUAAUUGCUGUCGUCGUGGUAACUGGGUGCUUUGGUUACUACCAAGAGUUCAAGAGUACCAACAUCAUUGCCAGCUUUAAGAAUUUGGUGCCACAGCAAGCCCUAGUGAUCCGUGAUGGCCAGAAGAACCAGAUCAAUGCCUACGAGUUGGUUGUGGGGGAUUUGGUGGAAAUCAAAGGAGGAGACAGAGUCCCUGCUGACAUUCGCAUCAUUACUGCUCAGGGCUGCAAGGUGGACAACUCAUCUUUAACAGGGGAAUCUGAACCGCAGACCAGGAGUCCAGAGUUUACCCAUGAGAAUCCACUGGAGACCAGAAACAUUGCUUUCUUCUCUACCACCUGUCUGGAAGGUGUAGCUACAGGUGUGAUCAUUAGCACAGGUGAUCGUACCAUCAUCGGUCGGAUUGCCAGCUUGGCCAGCGGUGUUGGCAACGAGAAGACACCCAUUGCCAUCGAAAUUGAACAUUUUGUGGAUAUCAUCGCUGGUCUUGCCAUCUUUUUUGGGUUUACCUUCUUUGUGGUCGCCAUGUUCAUCGGCUAUGCCUUCCUGGAGGCGAUGAUCUUCUUCAUGGCCAUUGUGGUGGCGUAUGUGCCAGAGGGACUGCUUGCUACAGUUACUGUAUGUCUGUCUCUGACUGCUAAACGACUGGCCAGAAAGAACUGUGUUGUGAAGAACUUGGAAGCUGUGGAGACACUAGGCUCCACUUCAGUGAUCUGCUCUGAUAAGACGGGCACCCUGACCCAGAACAGGAUGACUGUAGCUCAUCUCUGGUUUGACAACCACAUCCAUGCUGCUGAUACCACUGAAGAUCAGUCAGGUCAGAGUUUUGACCAGUCAUCAGAGACAUGGCGUUCCCUGGCGAGAAUUGCUACCCUGUGUAACAGAGCUACAUUCAGACCUGAUCAGGAAGGAGUGCCUAUCCCUAAGAGGCUUGUGGUUGGAGACGCAUCAGAGACUGCACUGCUGAAGUUCACAGAGCUCACCGUGGGGAACAUUAUGGACUACCGUAAUCGCUUCAAAAAAGUAGUGGAAGUGCCCUUCAACUCCACUAACAAGUUCCAGCUGUCUAUCCAUGAACUGGAGGAUCCCCUGGACCUGCGCUACCUGUUGGUGAUGAAGGGAGCACCAGAACGUAUUUUGGAGCGCUGCUCUACCAUUUUGUUAAAAGGCCAGGAGCUGCCUCUUGAUGAGCAGGGGAAAGAAGCUUUCCAGACAGCCUACAUGGACCUGGGAGGACUGGGAGAAAGAGUUCUGGGUUUCUGCCAUCUCUAUCUGAAUGAGAAAGAGUUUCCUCGUGGCUACCGGUUUGAGAGCGAUGACAUGAAUUUCCCCACCUCAGGACUGUGCUUUGCUGGCCUCAUUUCAAUGAUUGAUCCUCCAAGAGCCACUGUACCUGACGCAGUGAUGAAAUGUCGUACUGCUGGUAUCAGGGUUGUCAUGGUGACCGGAGACCAUCCAAUUACAGCACGGGCGAUAGCAGCUAAUGUUGGUAUCAUCUCAGAAGGCAGUGAAACGGUGGAAGAUAUUGCCCAGAGGAAACGCAUACCUGUCGAACAAGUCAACAAGAGGGAAGCCCGUGCCUGUGUGAUCAGUGGUGGUCAGCUGAAAGACAUGAGCAGUGAGGAGUUAGAUGAUGCACUGAAGAACCAUCCCGAGAUGGUGUUUGCAAGAACGUCCCCUCAGCAGAAACUGAUCAUUGUGGAGAGUUGUCAACGUCUGGGCUCCAUUGUAGCUGUAACAGGUGACGGCGUGAAUGACUCUCCGGCUCUUAAAAAGGCUGACAUCGGCGUCGCCAUGGGGAUUGCUGGGUCAGAUGCUGCCAAGAACGCCGCAGACAUGAUUCUGCUGGAUGACAACUUUGCGUCUAUUGUCACUGGAGUGGAGCAGGGUCGUCUUAUCUUUGACAAUCUGAAGAAGUCUAUUGCCUACACUCUGACCAAGAACAUUCCUGAGCUGACUCCAUAUCUGAUCUACAUCACUGUCAGCGUGCCUCUUCCUCUGGGCUGCAUCACCAUCCUCUUCAUCGAGCUGGCCACAGACAUUUUCCCCUCUGUGUCUCUGGCUUAUGAGAAAGCAGAGAGUGACAUCAUGCACCUGAAGCCAAGAAACCCUCGUCGUGAUCGUCUGGUAAAUGAAGCACUGGCUGUCUACUCUUACUUCCAGAUAGGAGCCAUCCAGUCCUUUGCAGGUUUUACAGAUUAUUUCACAGCCAUGGCACAGGAAGGCUGGUUUCCACUCUUGUGUGUUGGCCUGCGUUCUCAGUGGGAGGAUGUUAAACUUCAAGACUUGCAGGACAGCUACGGACAAGAAUGGACCUUCACUCAGAGGUUGUACCAGGAGUACACCUGCUACACUGUGUUUUUUGUCAGUAUAGAGAUCUGUCAGAUCUCAGAUGUGCUGAUCAGGAAGACUCGACGUCUCUCUGUGUUCCAGCAAGGCUUCUUCAGGAACCGUGUCCUAGUUACGGCCAUAGUCUUCCAGCUUUGCUUGGGUAAUCUGCUUUGUUACUGCCCUGGGAUGCCCAAUAUGUUCAAUUUCAUGCCUAUCAGGGUCCAGUGGUGGUUUGUUCCUCUUCCUUAUGGUAUUCUAAUCUUUGUCUAUGAUGAGAUCAGGAAGUUAGGAGUCAGAAGACAUCCAGGAAGUUGGUGGGAUCAGGAGUUGUACUACUGAGCGGAGAAACUCUUCUAUCCAUCCACAUGCAUGCACAGAAUGCUGCAGACCUGGAGGAUCUUACUUGAUUCAACAUUCAUCUAUUUUACUUUGUGAUCCAUGUAUUUAUAUCUUAACCUGUCUUUUAAUAUGAACAAAAUAAUAUUCAAGAGUCUGGUAAAAUCCUUUUUAACGAAGAAACAAUCAUUUCUGAAAGUCAUCAGUGAAUAAUUCAUGCAGACUUGUUGUGUUCCAGCUCUUUGGUUGUGGCUGCACUGUAUUUGUACUAAUAAAGACUUUAAGACUGUU